AUGUCUAAUCGGUCAAAAACGGGAGUUAUCCGGUUUCAAACUUACUCGCCAGAAAUAAAUGUUGCGGUGAUUUUAUAUUUUUCGAAUUUAGAAGAUAAAUCUGUAUCUCAAAUUGCCUCACCGUCUUUAAUUGUUUUAAAUGUAAAUAUCAAACCAUAUGAAUGGAUUAUACCGUCAACUAACGGUAACAUCCCUCCAACACUCGCUAAUCAUAGCGCCUUUAUUAUUGAAGAUUAUAUGAUACUCGCUUUUGGUAAUAUAAUAAUGCCAGAUGAUCAUCCCUUAGAAAUCAUGAAUACAAACGUUUAUUUGCUCGAUUUAAGAACCUUUACGUGGGUUAACUCAUUCAAUCCUACCAAUCUGUCCCCAACUAUUAUUAUUAAUCCAACGAAUACAACAUCAUCGGUGCAAAUUACCGAAACAUCUUCCAUUGCUAGCAAUAAUUCUUUGAAUCCCAAUAAUCUUUUAGAUCCAUUUGAAGAAUAUCAACAAUUAACCACGUUAAAGGUCGUCGUUGGAACAAUUAGUGGAAUCUUUGGUACGGCAUUUUUGAUGACUGUUGGAUUCUUAAUUUAUAGGUGGGAUAAGAAACGAAUUAAAAGUGAAACGCUUAAUAUACCAGGCUCUACGGGUAAUUAUUAUCAACCUUAUUUGUAUCGUCAAAACACCGUAGUUCCCGUUUUAAAUCGCUAUACAUAA